CGCCUACCGUUUUGUUGUCAAUUGAUUGUGAAUUAAUUGUAUCGUUAUGACUUGUAGGUAUAGUUACCAUCUCUAUUGUUUCAUACUUUUAUGGACCUUACAAAUUAACUGCAAAUGUAAAACGUUUCUAAGUAGUAGGUACGUAUUAAAAUCAUACAGAUUACAGGUCGACCAGUGAAAAUGAUCAUUGAGAUGCUUAAAAGGAAAACAUUGUAAAUAAUGUUGUAUAUCAGACAAAUUGCAUUUUUCGAGUGUUAAUUAAAUAAUCACGUCACUCUAUAUAUCAUUGUAAUCCUUAAUUCCUCGGCGUUACGGUUAAAAAUAGUGUUUGCAGAUAAUGAUUUCCUUAUCUGCGUUGCAUACCUACAAUACGUUUGCAAACCCCGAACCGGCUAUAGGUUCUUACUCGAGUUCGGCGAUGUGUUCAUUAGUCACAACUCGGAGCGAGCAGGGGGACGUCGUUCGUUAUUGUUGUGUGAUUGCGUCACCAACGCGCUGCCAGUGUUUGUUAUGUGGACGGAAAGAGACAAUGGUAACGAGGCAAUUGCGUGUAAUGGACCAGGGACGGCGAACUCCGUGGUCCUCAUGGACGACCGCAUCCUCGCCGCCGCCAGCUCGAGCGCGGCGGCGUCCACACCGCAAGUUUCCAACCUAAACGUCAACAAGUCGUCCAGGGUACACAUCGGCCCUAAAUUUGUCUCCGUAACACAAAAUGUCCAAAACGCGGAAAUGAUCAAAGGCCGUAUUCUUGGCCUCGAAUUGGUGUCAACGAAGCAUGCGCGCAGGGUACGAUGCAGCGUCGCAGUCUUCGUCUGUUGGGCCUUUCUUGUCGCCUGCGGGUUGGCAAUCUACCUCAUCUACAUAGCCCUUGCCACUCAACAAGCCCGCUUAGAUAUAGGUCUAAAGGAACCCUGGUACCACCGUCGAGGAGACUGGCAAGCUAUGCCUGAAUAUAGACAAGACUUCCUUGCCCUUCCAUUGUCCUACGUAAUAAUCGGGCAUUCCGCUACACGCCACUGCAACCAGAAGUACUCGUGUAUUGAACUUAUGGUUUCUAUUCAGCAAGAUCACUUAAGAUGGGGCUUACUGGAUAUUGGUCCUAAUUAUCUCGUUGGAGGGAAUGGUUUUGUAUUUGAGGGUAGGGGUGCUAACGUAAUGGGUGCAAUGGUAGCUGCUUGGAAUAGAAGGAGUAUUACCGUCAUGUUCCUAGGAAACUACGUAAGAGAUAUGCCUGAUGAUGCACAGUUUGAUCAUAUAAACAAACUACUUGAAACACUUGUCAAUGUAGGUGUAUUGAGACCAGACUACACUGUGUUUGGCCAAUGCCAAGUUCAGCCAUUGACCGUACCUCCUGGCCAAAAUGUGAUGGCAUCGAUACAAAAAUUGACGCAUUGGAAUCCUGCAAACGUCAGUGGCUGUUUACCAGGGUAGCAUCGUUGGAAGUACUAUAUUUACUAUUUUGUAGGUAUAGCUAAAAUGUAUUGAAUUAUAUUAAUGAUGUGGUCAACGACUAACAUCAUUGACAGCUGCGCAAUGAAUAGGCAGACCAAAGAACAUAUUAUAUUAUUAUAUUUGUUGUUUUUGUUCAAGCAAUUGCGUAGGAAAUGUUAAGCUAAUAAAAAAUUAUAUUUUACUAUUUCGGGAGAUUUAUUAUGGCCAUUUUAGUGAUAUUGAGGAUAGUAUUGAUUCUGGUCAAGCUUUAUUUCGUUACAGAAAUUAAUAAAUUAUGUACCAGUUAGUUACGUAGUUAUACCUAAACAAUUUGAGAAUUAAUAACAUGGGCUACAAUAAUGCGUAACACACUUAUUAGGCAUGAGUACAUGCUAAGGCACGUAUACCUAUUUCCUUAAACAACAAUAAUGCCGUAUACAAUCUAUUUUCCUUUACAAGUCUGAUUAUAAUGUAUUGAUUUUAAAUAACAAUUAUAUUGUGUAGAUCUCAGUAACGCCACAAGUUGGCAAAUUGUAUUUUUUAUAUUAUAAUACAUGUGUUUUACAAAAACAA